UCCACCUCCUCCUCCGCGGCUCCACUUCACCAUUGUGUGUGUGGAGCUCAGUGAGCGUUGAGGUCGAGGCUGUCGCAGGGUGGUGGGGGGGGGACGGACGAUGGCGGAGAAUUAACAAACAAACAAACAAACGGACUAUAAUUUAUCCUCCAUCUUCUUCUUCUUCUUCUUCCUCCUGACCGUCCGCCGCUUCCCGCUCCCGGCCUCACCGACAUCACACCCAUGCAGCAGAGGAGCCCCUGGACGGGACUAGCUACAUGUGAUCCAUGUUGGGUAACGGGGUGAAGCGGAAGCUGGACGAGGAUGAGGACGUUUCGGAGGAAGGCCGGCGUCCUCUGGCGGUCGGCGGCAUGUCGCACGCGUCCUACACGCUGCAGCGUCAGACGGUCCUCAACGUGUCCCUCAUGAAGCUGUACGGCCCUCGGAUGGGCGCCGACCUCGGCCUGCAGCGCCGAGUCCUCAUCAACAACGUCAUCCGCCGCAUCCACGACGACUUCAGGCUGGAAGGAGGCGUCGGCGCCCUUUUCUUCUCGGCUGCGCCGCCUGUCGCUGUCGCCGCCGCCGCCGCUGCCGCCGCCGCCUGCGAGGACGAAAGCUACCGACAGCCUCCGCCUCCUCCCUCCUCCUCCUUCAGCAUCCUCUCGUCACCGCUGACGGCGCUGGACUCCUGCCUGACUCCGGCCUCGCUGCUGGAGGAGGACCUGCCCAUGUUCUUCACCCUGCCGCCCUCCUCUUCCUCCUCCCAACACCACCUGCACCACUCCACGAGGCCGCCGCCCUCGCCGUCGCCCAAAGACAGCUUCUCCUCAGCCCUGGAGGAGAUCGAGGAGCUCUGUCCCUCCUCCUCCUCCUCGGGCCUGCCGUCACCACCUCUUGCUCGGGUUCAGUUUGAUGCUGUCAUGAAGGAGGAGGGGCGGGGCUUUCAGGAGGUGGAGAGCCGGUUGGAGAAACCACCUCCUCCGUCCUCCCCGGGCUCCUUCCUGACGGACUUCGCCCUGGACGACGUCCUCUUCACAGACAUCGACACGUCCAUGUACGACCUCGGCCCCUGCCCGCCUCCGUCGGGAGCGCCGCCAUCCAAGAUGAUGACGGACGACCUGGUCCGGUCGAUGUCGGGGUACGGAGCGGCGGGGGCCGGCGCCCAGAACCAGCCUUUUAAGAUGGACCUGGCGGAGCUGGACCACAUCAUGGAGGUGCUGGUGGGCAGCUGAGAGGACGAGUUCGACUUUCUAUAACUUCUUGUUGAUUUUGUACAGUUUUAAAGUCCCGACGUGCUUCACGCUGGUUUUAUUCUGGAGGAUUGAAGCUGCCGCGUGUUGAGCUUUAACCUCGAUGGAUUAUCAGGACAUUCGCUUCCAUUGGCUGUUAGUCACGUGUCCUUUUCACGCACUUUCCAGAACCAGCCAAUAAGAGAAACAACGCCGUCCAUCACGACAGCAUCGAUGCACUGAUCAGUUCCAUGAGCUCUCCGGGCUUCUGGUUCUCGGGACCGAUCGUGGUCAGAAGAACCCGCGCUCGCUAACGGGACAGUUUGAACAUCGCCUGAGUUAAAGUAUCAGCAGCACACCGUCGCUCUGAGGAUCCACCGCUUCAACACGUUCCUCACUGACGUGGAAGCAGAAGCUCAGCGUGAAGCUCCGUCCUGUUUUCUACCGCUGUCCGAGAAAUUGUAAGAAAAAAAGAGACUUUUCUACCGUCGGUGCAUGUUUUUACACAUGAAGAACUAUCCAGUGCCUUUUUAAAGAAAAACCUCGAUCACACGGUCACGUCUCGCUGUUACUCGUUACUCUUUCUUUGAUAACCUUCAUUUCAUGUAAAGUCGGCUUUUCUUUCUCUCAUUGGAUCCCAUAAAGAGAAACACCAAACGUACGCGUCGAUGAAAGAGUUUGUUUUGUUCUUUUCAUUGGAUUUGAUAAGAAGACAAAUACACAUUAUUAUUAAUUCAUUCUGGUUAAAAACAUCUCAUUGGUUGAGUUAAAAGCUGAGUUAGCAAGUUUACAAACUGGAAAUCAAAUUAAUAUAUCAUUUAAAUAUUAAUACACAUUUAGACAGUAAUAACUAUCUUUUGGUAAAUGUUCGAAGCGUUUUAGACUAGACUAAACUAAAACAUUUAACUCUUAGGUUGCCUCCUAAGUUCAAAAUAUAACAUUUAUGUUGAUUUGAGCUCAAACAACACUUAGCUUAGCAUAAAGGAAACAAAGAUGCACCAACUAAUUACCUCCACAGCUCACAAAUCAACUCGUCGUGUUUCAUUUUAAUGCAGAAAUGUAAACACUGUUUUUAGUUUGAGUGAUUCUUCGUUGCGUCGUCGUCGUCGUCGUCGUGUACGUGUUCAACGUUUAACAGAGCUUCAGUCUCGUGUGGUUCGUUUUAACUCAACCAAUGAAACAUUUCUUACCAGAAUAAGAGUUUCAGAGCUGAACUACAACCUGCAGUACAAAUACAGCUACUUCAUGACGUGACGGGUCCUAUGAUGUGAUAAGCAGACGUUCCCUUCAGCAGAAAUAACUCGAUGGAUUAUUUAUUACCUCUCGGUUCUCUGUGUGUAUUUAUUGUAACUCUUGACACUAAUAUUUAGUUUGUACAGAACAUACAUAUGUAUUCUUUCAAAGGAUUCAAAAUCUCAUUUAAUAAAUGAUUUGGUUUUAUAUUUUAGGAUUUCAGCAAAGCAAACGGCCUCGAUUCAACCUCUGCUACAGCUCCAGUGUGUGUGUGUGUGUGUGUGUGUGUAUAAACACUGGGCCUGUUUAUUUUGUUUUUAACUUUUUUUCUGAA